AAAUGAUAUCUCUACCACACACUACAGCGAAUUUACCCAAUCGGUGUCUCCUCCACUUGACUAACCGGCCAUAUUCCACUCGCCGCCGCCGCCGCUUCUGGACUCGAUCAUCAUCGAGCCAACAUGACCGAGGCAACGAGAAGACGACAUUGGCUUCAGCAUCGACGACGAAGCGAGUGGUUCUCGUGAGGCAUGGGCAGAGCACAUGGAAUGAAGAAGGGAGGAUUCAAGGGAGCUCCGAUUUCUCCGUCUUGACGAAGAAAGGCGAGAAUCAAGCCGAUAUUUCUCGCCAGAUGCUCAUCGACGACUCCUUCGAUGUCUGCUUCGCCAGUCCAUUGAAGAGAUCAAAGAAAACAGCUGAGAUCAUAUGGGGCAAUCGAGAAACUGAGAUGAUCUUUGACUACGAUCUCAGAGAAAUUGAUCUAUACUCUUUUCAAGGUCUACUUAAGAAAGAGGGGAAAGCAAAGUUUGGUGAAGCCUUUAGGCAAUGGCAAGAAGAUCCAGCAAACUUCAACAUCGAUGGCCACUAUCCAGUAAGAGAGUUAUGGUCACGUGCUAGAAGCUGCUGGACCGGUAUUCUUGCUCACGAGAGCAAGUCUGUUCUUGUUGUUGCUCAUAAUGCUGUUAACCAGGCUCUUAUGGCAACAGCAAUUGGUCUGGGAGCAGAAUACUUUAGGAGUUUGCUGCAGAGCAAUUGCGGUGUAAGUGUACUGGACUUCACAACAAGAGCUGACGGUGGAUCUCCACACGUAUGUCUUAAUCGACUAAAUCAGACGCCUAAGUCGCCUCUAGCUGGUGGAAGUUCUGGUGGCCGGGAAGCUAGUAAGCAGAUCAUACUUGUCUGUCAUGGUCAGGGGGAUUAUGAGGCUAGUACUAAUGAUCAGCCAAUGACCAUGCUUGGGGAGAUACAGUCGCAGAAAACCGCAGAGCUUCUUCUUGAUCUAAGGGUUACUUCAAUAGUUUGUAGCUCUACAACAGCCUCCAUUGAGACUGCUGGAGUAAUAUCCCGAGUACAAGAAGCUGCGGGCUGUUUGGGUGUAGAUCCUGUGCCUCGCUAUGUGAAUACUAAACAAAUGAAUGAGCUUAAUGUUGAGGACAUUCUCCGCAAAUCCAAUAAGGACGAAGCUGUGACUGCAUCGAUCCAACCUGGUUGGCUAAGUCAGUUGGACGAAGAAACGGUUUCAGCUCUAUGGAACAGAUCCGGGAAAGCCUGGGAAUCACUCGUAGACAAACUAUCGGACGAGGAUAAGUCAAACCCAGGAGAUGCCAUGGUGGUGGUUGGUCACCCAAUGGCUCACAUCUCGCUCAUAGCACAAUGCCUGAACCUCGAUAAAGAAUGGCUCGGGUUGUUCCACCUAGACCCAGGCAGCAUCAGCGUCAUAGAUUUUCCGGAUGGUCCUAGCGGAAGAGGAGUCAUCCGUUGCACAAACUACACGGCUCAUCUUGGAAGAUGGUCCGCCCCCAUCACAAGACCUGGCUGAAGAAGUGUUGUUUUUUUCUUAUAACAAAAUCACUUGACGCAGAAUCACAUUCUUUGUAUCUUCCAGUUUUCUUUAGUCACAUUUUUAAAAAUAU